UUAGGUAUUGUCCCUAGAUUCAUUCAUGACUUGUUUCAGCGAUUAGAAAAAAAGAAGCAGACAGAACCUAUCGACUACCAAGUGCUAGUAUCUUUUCUAGAACUUUACAACGAAGACCUUGUCGAUUUACUUAACCCUUCCAAAUCAAAAAAAUGCGACGUUCAAAUUCGUGAAGACGUUAAUGGAAAUAUCUAUUGGGCUGGUGUUCGUGAGGAAGUCUGCCAGACACCUGAGGAUCUCGUCAAGAAUUUGAUCAAAGGAUCACUCGGUCGCACAACCGGAUCAACCGAUAUGAACUCCGUUUCCUCUCGAUCACACGCUAUCUUUUCUGUCAUAUUGAAGCAAAAGCCACUGCAAGAGCAAAAUGAGGAACAAGUGAUUGUCAGUAAAUUUCAUUUUGUCGAUCUUGCUGGCUCCGAAAGGCUAAAACGAACCAAUGCUCAAGGCGAUCGCGCUAGAGAAGGUAUCUCUAUUAACUCUGGCCUACUUGCACUUGGCAACGUCAUCAGUGCUCUAGGCGAUGAGUCUAGAAAAUCAUCUCACGUGCCCUACCGUGAUUCUAAGCUCACUCGACUUUUACAAGACUCACUUGGCGGUAACUCUCAGACUCUGAUGAUGGCAUGCGUGUCGCCAUCCGAUACCAAUUUUCCAGAGACACUGAGUACACUCAAAUACGCCAACCGUGCACGAAAUAUCAAAAAUAAAGUAGUCAUCAACCAGGAAUUUGUUGGUUCUUCUGUCCAAGUCAACCAACUUCGGUCUCAGGUCGCGCGUCUGACUAUGGAACUACAGGCACUCAAA